AAUGAAGAUCCUCUUCAGAAGAGGGUCAAAUAGUCAGUUCCAGCCAGUUUGUUCCAGUCAAAGAGUAUUAGACUAAUACUCUUUGGUCCCAGUUUGCUCUACACAUAGAGAUUUUCAACGGAACACCAUCAGGCACCAUCAUGAGCCAUAUAGUCCUCAAGAAACCACUUCAAUUUCUUGGGGACCACAUGUGCUAAAUGUUAAUAUAAAUUCAAAAGUACUCAAAAAAAUUUCUGAAUUAGUAGUAAAAUUAGAAAAAGAAAAUUGUAUUUCAAUAGUUUUUCCACUUUUUGUACCUUCAUAUAGAAUAAAUAAAACUCAGGGGGAGCAUGAGUUCGAAUUUAUUGAGAAACACUGUUGUACACGCUAAUAUAUGCAACUUCUGAUUUAUUCGAAAUUUUUUGGUUUUCAUAAUAUAUUAACUGUGUGCCAAUGACGCGUUCUGUUCGCAUAAAAUACAAAGUCCAACAAUUUGUUAGCUGGCAUUUAAGUCCUCCUCAUUCCAUUUAAGAAACAGUAUGAAAAUUUAAUUGAUGUGGAAACGUUUGUAAUUAUGGCAAUGACUGACCAAGAUGCUAAUAAUAAUAACCUUCCCUUACGGGAAAAUUUAGUAAAGACUGCAGUGGAAUUUUUGCAAAAUCCUAAGGUAACAAGUAGUCCUGUAGGACGUAAACAGGAAUUUCUUAGAAGAAAGGGUUUGACCGAGGAAGAAAUACAAACUGCUUUUAAAUUAGCUUCCGUCGAUACAACAGCUGAUCAAAAUGUUAUUCAUAAAUCGAAAGACUAUACUGUGAUUCCUAUUUCACCAGGUCAUGUUCAUCCAUAUUUUCAAACGUAUCCAUACCAGAUAACCCUUUUCCAAAAGGUCAAAGAAUUCUUUAAUGCUACUGCUUUAAUUGGAGCUACAAUAUAUUGUGUUUAUUGGUUUUAUAAGAAAUUCAUUGAGCCAUUCUUAUUUGGCAGAAAGAAGAAAAAUACCAUUACAGAUUCUGUUUCUGAAUUAGAUAAAACCAUUCAAAAUUCUAUGAAAGAAGUGAAACAGUCAAUUUCAAAAGUAGAAGAUGAUGUACAAAAGCUAACACAAAAUCAAUCUCUUGACCCAAUGGUACCUCAGUUGGUACAAGAACUAAAACAAGAUUUAGCUAGUCUUAAAUCCUUACUUUUAUCAAGAAAGCAAUUUCCAAGUGCACCAGCAUCUAUACCAUCAUGGCAGUUAGAUGCUGCAGCUACAAAUCAAGAAAAACCUAGUGAAGGAGAAGAUGAUGCUGGAAGUGGAUCUAGUGCUAAUGUUUCAGAUAGUUCUUUGGAAAUGAUACGAGAAGAUCCACCCAAGGAGUAAAAUUAAAAUAUAUCAUUAAAAUUCACUUCCAUCGUAACAGUCUUCGAUAUGCAGGAUAUUCUGUGAUGUAUAUCCAAAUAUAAGGGAAGGGGAUAAUUCCAAUUCACAUGUAACAUAUAUUGACAACCAGGUGUUACUGAUUUUACACUCAGUUUGUCCAACUAAAUACUAUUUUAAUUCUGUACUGUAAAAUCAAAUUAGAAUUUUUAUUUCUACAAAGGGUAUUUAACGCUGUUUAUAAAACAAAAGAAUAUAUGUAAUACAUCGUUUUAUAAAUAAUAAUAAUUCUUGUAAAUGUG